GUUCCUCCCCCAAUCCCAGCAGAGGGACCGCGGCCGAAUCCCGGCUUGUGAAUGGCUUCAUUGAGGAAAACGGGGCUGGGUUAAGGUGCACAAAAGUGCUGCUCCCUCUGGGCUCGGCGGCGACGGGAGGAAGCCAGCACGGGCCAGGGGAGAGCUCGCAGCCCCCCGCCGCCACCCGCAUCCCAGGAUGUCCGUGAUGCUCAACAACGCCUACCAAGGAGGAAAAGCGCUCCGCUUACUGAAAGCCGAGCAAGCAGGGCGAUUAGAGGAAAUAAAUAAAGAGUUUCUCUGUGACCCGAAGUUUAGCGAUGAAGAAGACCUGGAAGAAAAGCUUGCGGUUUUUAAAGAAAAAUACAUGGAGUUUGACCUGAAUAAUCAAGGCGAAAUCGAUCUAAUGUCUGUGAAAAGGAUGAUGGAAAAAAUGGGAACACCCAAGACUCACUUAGAGCUGAAAAAGAUGAUUUCCGAAGUCACCGGCGGGACCAGCGAAACCAUCUCGUACCAGGAUUUUGUCACCCUGAUGCUCGGAAAGCGGUCCGCCGUCCUCAAGCUGGUCAUGAUGUUUGAAGGCAAGAGUCAGGAAAGCACCCCCAAAGUUUUGGGUCCUCCUCCAGAGAGGGAUCUCUCAAGUCUCCCUUAAAUGAAGAGGUUGGAGAUUCCCAGCCCAAAGGGAUCUUCUCACCUCUGUCCUGCAGGACCAUCUCCAGAUCUUUGCUCCGUUGCUUUUAAACCAGCCCAUUUUAGAAACCAAUGGACUCCACCUGAAGGAAUGGCAAGGAAAAAUCCACCAGAGGAGUAUCUAAGUAGCCCCUAAUUUUUAUUGUUAACUCUAACCUGAAUAGCAAGCCCAGUCUUUGUAAAGAACGGAAGAAAACUCAAAAUGCAAAAUCCAGAUUUCAUGGGGCGUUUUUCUGCUGAUAAACCUCACCAAAGCCCUCUCUUCCCUUUGCUCCCAAACCUGAAAUAGAUCAGAUGUUCCCUACCACUACUUCUCUCCCAAAUGGAAACUUCUUUUCUGAAAGUUGCUGUGCACGCUGCUGAAAAAAAGCAAUCGGGGUCAUGUUGGUCAAAUGGGGAAAAAUCCAAAGGAUUUACAGGUAGUCCUCGACUUACGACCAUUCGUUUAGUGACUGUUCAAAGUUACGACAGUGCUGGGAAAAGUGACUUGCGAUUGGUCUUCACGUUUACGACCAUCAUAGCAUCCCUGCACUCACAUGAACAAAAUUCAGGCGCUUGGCAACCCGCAUGUAUUUAUGACAGUUGCAGCGUCCUGGGGUCGCAUGAUCGCCAUUGGCAACCUUCCCAGCCAGCUUCUGACAAGCAAAGUCAAUGGGGGAAGCCAGAUUCGCUUAAUGACCACAGGGAUUUGCUUAAUGACUGCAGGGAUUUGCUUAAUGACCGCAGUGAAAAAGGUCGUAAAAUUGGGUGUGACUCACUUAACAACUGCCUCACUUAGCAAUAGGAGUUCCAGUCCCAGUUGUGGUCAUAAGUCGAGGACUCCCUGUAGUUGGGUAAAUCCUUAUUAGGACCCACCGAAACCACACACAAGCUUUUGAGCUGCACAGAAUUAUGCAUCAGGCUAUAUGUUAUUUUAAAAAAAACUGAUGAAGAACCAAAAAAACCCCCCAGAUCCUCAAAUCGGAGAUGUUUUUGCCUGAAUUCAGAAUCAGUCCCAAGCUGGAUGGUGUGGACUUGCGUGAAGUCAUGGUUAGCUCUGGACUGGGAGUCUACAAAUGGAAAAAAAAAUGUCCAGCUUUUGCAGAACAGCAAAAAAUUUCUAAGUGCCUUCUUCCAGCCUUGAGCAGCUUUCCUGAUUUCUGACCAUCCCUUUCCCCUUUAAAAUGCAAACAUUUUUGCAAUGGCCCCACUCUACUGGCUUUCUAAUCUCGGUUUCUUUGUUCAAGCCAAUUCAGCGCCUUUCCUUGAUCAUAUCAAUGCGUCUUCCCCUUCUUGAUACAUGAAUUGCGGAGUAAGAAACAUGUGGCUGUAGAAUUGGCUAUAACCAUCUUAAGGUCCUCUUCCCCUUUUAAUGGCUGAGUUCAGCCAUCAUCAAGUCUCUGUUGAGUUGAACUCAACUCCUGAUGAGUAACCGGAUACCCAUCAGGUCUCUCUUUUUUCUCAGUAACAAUACAAAGUGACUUGCCAUUUACUUCUUUGGGGUUUUUUUUUCAACUUCCCAGUCUAGCCAUUCAGUCUCAGGGCCCGCUGGUAAUCUCCCAAACACUAACCAGCCUUCACCCUGCUUAGCUUUCCAAGAUCCACCAAAGUUGGCUAGAUGCUGCCCCCUGCUGACCUUAAACCCAACUGAACAAAUACAAUUCCUUUACUCACAUGGCGCACCCCAGCAAAUAAACCAGGUUCUGGCUUAUGAUGUACAUCUCAUGGAGAUCAAUGAAAAUACCUUGUUGGUAACAGGAUUCACGCAACAUGCUAAACUCAGGAUAAGUAAACUCAAUGUCUCCAUUCACACAACAUGAGAGUACAGGCAUGGUGCCCUCAUCCAAUGCACCACAGACCACUUAAGUCCAUUUUUAGCGUGAUGUGUUGUGUGAACUCUGGUGAGGUGUGUUAUUUCAGCAACUUCAGCCAUGGAAAGCCAGCUUUGCUGUGUGUCAGGGGUUCUGCCUGGCCCUGUCAUCUUGGCUUUAAUUACCUUUGCCCAUAGCUUGACACUAUCUGGGUUCAUGCAUUGCACAAAGCUGUGAAGCAGUUGUCUGGGCUUAGCUUCCUGGUUAGUGUGAACCCAGGAGGGUGCAAACCAAAGUUUAGGACUCAGUGUGCCAUGCCAAUCCACCCAAUGGUGGUUUAUUCAACCAACUGUGGUUAAUCAAGACUUGGCUUAGUGCUGUGUGCAAAACCAGGCUACAUGGGCUGUGGGGAGCAUCUCUGCUCUAGGAUACCUUCAAUGCAGGCUGUUGAGGGUCUCCAGAUGGUUUUGUGCUCUGGAUGAAAAAUACAACUGAACUUCAAGCAGCUACAUCUAGUAGGACCUGAGCUAGGAAUCCUAUCAAUCCUAUGGAUCCGGCACUCAAGUGCUUCCUUGACCUACUCAUACAAGGAGAAACUCCAGGGACAUCUGGAUCUGGAACAGGGAUCCAAGAACUUGUGAAGAACGGUUAGGACCUAUCAAGUGACUCUCUGAUCCCAUAGGAACAUCUUCACAUUGGUUGUUGAUACGAGAGGAGAGUGCCUUAUCCAACUCCUUUUCCAAAAUUAACCUAUCAGGGAGUUCACAUCAGCUUUUGUUAGCCACAAAUUGGCACAUAUCAGAAGUCAUUUUGGUAAGUGUCAUGUUCAUCCAAGCUAAUGUCAUGCUGGUUUUCUGAGGUGUGGUAGCUGUGUUUUGCAGCUCCUCUUAUUAACCUUGAGCAGCAAGAGAGUUCUCUGAAAUCUUCCAUAUUUAUUGUACAUUUAUGGCUGGUUCUUUUUUGGAUUUUACCCCCAGAAUCCUUGUCUGGUUCCUUUUCUAUUCAUCUUAAUAUUCAAGUUGGUGGGUUUUUGGGGAACCUCCUCUCUAGCUUGUAAAUCCAUAAUUUUCAGAAAUAAAACAGUAACAGUGCAA